AUGUCUUUCCGCGCCCUCUUCACCGCCGGCCUUGCUGCCUUUGCUCCUUUGGCCUCAGCAUACACCACUCCCAAGGGUGAUCCUACUGGCAAUGCCAUCUACGAGCCCGGUCUUAACAGCAUCGUCCCCGUCGGCAAGCCUUUCACAAUCACCUGGCAACCCGACACCAAGGGCAAGGUCUCGCUUGUUCUUCUUCACGGCCCUUCCACCAAUGUCGUGCCUAUCCAGACCAUCGUCGAGAGCAUCGACAACACUGGCAGCUAUGACUGGACUCCCGACACCCAUCUCGCACCCAACAAGACAUACUACGGCAUUGAGUUGAUUGUCGAUGGCACUGGACAAUACCAAUACUCGACUCAAUUCGGCAUCUCGAACGACAACUACCAGGCAGAAAGCUCCAGCGCCGGCGCAUCCACCGCUUCUGCCACCACAACUCCUAUGAUCAAUAUCAAGGGCCCCGUCUCUGCUCAAGCAGUCAGUGCCUCGGACGCUGUUUCGUCUGCUGCAUCUUCUGCCGCUUCCGUUGCUGCAAGCGUGUCAAGCUCCGCCGCAUCUCAGAUCUCGUCUAUUGCUUCUUCCGUCGCAUCUACUGGUUCUGCAGCCAUGACCUCUGCUUCUGGUUCAAUGUCAUCCGUGGCUUCCAGCAAGCACAGUUCUGCCACUGGUGCCGCAUCCAGCGCUGCCAGCUCCAUGAGCACUGCCACCAAGUCAGCCGCCAGCUCUGCCUCUUCGGCUUCCAAGAGUGCCACUUCCAGCCCUGCUGCCUCGACCGGCGGUGCCGCUGUCGUUGGCGCUGGAUUCGGCAGCCUCGCAUUCGCUGCUGGUGUUGUCGCUAUGGUUUUGUAA